CAGAGAUCUUUGAGUUUUCAGCCUAAUUUACAACACUAUUAAUUUAUUUGAACUCCUAUUUGAAUAUAAUAGUUGUUGCUUCUCUGUCUUGCUUUAAUUAGACAAUACGUGGCGACUGAAGUUCAGAUAUUGGUUCCCUAAGACUACACCGGGCUGACAUUCAGCUAUUUGCUGACACCUUGGCAGGUAACUUAACCUUGACACUGUUCAGUAUGUAUAUUGUAUGUAUAUGUAUUUAAGUAUGUUAUACAUAUAGCGUAUUGAAAAGCAAUGAAAAUAUUAAAAAUAAUGUAAGACAUUUUUAAAAACUGUUUUUUACAGAACUUACAGUACCUUAUCUUAAGCACGUAAGUAUGUUUAUUAAUGUACUUACAUUCCCUUAUCUUAAGCCUGUACGCGUGUUUGUCAGCGUUGUUUAUAUUCCCUUCGCUUAAGCACCUACGUGUGUUUGUCAUUAUUGUUAGAUUCCCAUAUCUUAAGCACAUACAUGUGUCUGUCAUUGUUGUUACAUCCAUCAUCUUAAGCACCUACAUGUGUUUGUCAUUGUUGUUACAUUUUCAUAAUUUAAGCACGUACGAGUAUGUGUUGAUGAUGCUACAUUCCUGCAUCUUUCUCGUACAUAUGCUUGGCAACGUUGCAUAUAAGCAGACACUUAAUGUUUCUAGUUUCUAAACAAAUGCUGAAUGCUUAUUAUUUAUAUUUUUAACAAGUUUUCAUAACUAUUGCAAUCCUACUUGACUUACUUUGUGCCAUCUAUUUUAAUAUCUUGAAAUUAUUCCACAGUAUUGGAAGUUUGUGAUCAGCUUAUGAGGCCGACCACGGUAAGCUCCUAGGUCUCUGCUUGACCUAUAUCAUGACGAUCUUAACUUUGGGCUUCCAUAAUGCUCUUUUUUUGUAUCUUGACCACAUCUUGGGACUGUUGCCUUUCCGCACUCAAGGCGUUUCACCCGCCCCCAAUUCGUAGUAAAAUACAAUUUUUUUCUAAUUUCACUUGAAUUAUUUUGACUGUUGGUCAGUUCCAAUUACUUGUUAACAACUGUAGUCAACCUCCGUGGUUUCGGUACUUGAACGAAGGCGGUGAUAUUAAACUGCCUACCAUCACACCUGGAAUAGACCUACAUUCUGUCUUCAUAAUCUCUAAAAUUAAACUAAGGGGGUCUCUCAACGGCGUAAAAACUGUUGAUAGUUCUGAUGAAUGAUUGUGAGUGUAAUAAACGUAAAAAACUCGUCAAUAAUCGGGAAAAGUGACAUCUGCAUUUGAUUAUUUUUUAACAACGUGCCUUACUUUUCAUUACUUGCGCAACGUGUCAUCUGGCACUUUGCAUCCUUGAAAUAACGCACAGAAAUUUCACUACUUGGGUAACGUGUCGUUUGACACUAUGCAUCCGUAGUGUGGUGAAAUGACUUUUGUUAUGAGAUGGUGUUGGAACAACUCUCUGAUCAGUGUCACACCUGCUUAAGUCUAGGGGUAUUUGUUUACGUCGAUUUUACAAACCAAUGGACAUAAUGACAUGACUCAUUUUUACCUUAACUAUCAAAUACUUCAUAACACCAUUUAUUUAAUGAAAUAAACUUAAUUAUUUACAUGUAUCUUAAUAUAUGGCAUAAUAGUGAAGUAUAUGCAAAAAAAAAAUAAUUUGAGACUAAUAUAAGUUUUGUUUAUUAUGCACAAUUGCCUCCCGUAUAGUCUAUUUAUCAUCAUAACAAGUGCCUUGCCUUGUAUCACAUCGUAUAAACUCAGACCUUUCAGUCACUCGUUAUGAUCAUCUGGCUUGAUCAUCUGGCUUGAUCAUCUGGCUUGAUCAUCUAUCUUGAUAAGUUGCUAGUAGUUUCACUUUGAUGUGGAGGUGGCUCCUCCAAUUCUUCACUCCGUGGCUUUUCAGGAGUCGGCGCUUCUCAGGGUGUUCAUGUAAGUCGGCUGACAGAGCGGCACUCUAAGUAGACUGGAGAACAGCGCAAGUUACUCCAAUCUAAAAGAAAAUGAAGCAUUCCGAAACCGCGAAAUAUUGUCAUCCGAUAUCCCUCACCAGCGUGUUAUGCAAACUGCUGGAGCACAUAAUCGUAAGCGCAGUCAUGAAGGAUCUUUAAAAGCCAAAAUAUACUCAAUGACUGUCAGCAUGGCUUUCAAGUCAAUCGAUCUUGUGAGAUCCAGUUCCUUGAUUUUUUGUAGAAGAAUUGUUGACCAAUCUGGAGAACAGCCAGCAAACUGACGUGCUGGUGAUUGAGUUCUCAAAAGUCAUAUGAACAUGUAAAUCAUUGUUUGCUUCUAUACAAACUUUAGAGAUACGGAAUUCAAGGCAAUACGAAAACAUGGAUCUCUAGCUUCCACAGCAACCGAUGCCAGUCAGUAGUUGUGGGCGGUAAAAGCUCAUCCUUUGUCAGUGAUAUGUCAGGGAUACCUCAGGGAUCAGUGCUAGGCUCCUUUUUGUUCCCAGCAUACAUUGAUGACCUACCCAAAAAAAAACUGAAAUCCCAAGCAAAACUGUACGCAGAUGACACAGAGAUGUAUAGGACGAUCUCCAACAGAUUUUACCAGAACUAGCUACAACAGGAACUCAAUCGGUUAGCUGAGUUGGAGAUAAGCUGGGGCCUAGAAUUUAGUCCUGCCAAGUGCCAGACACUGUCAGUCUUUAGACGUUUUACUCCUCUACACUACCAAUGUGACCAACUGAAUGGCCAUAGAUUCUUGAGCCAGUUUCUCCGUAAAGAACCUGUGUGUUAACAUUUAAAGAGAGGUCCGCCGGACGAGCAUAUUAACAAGGCAUGAAACAAGGCAAACGAAACCCUGGCGUUCUUAAGGCGUAACCUAAAGAUUGGCAUCUCUAAUGUGAAAGAAGGAGCCUAUACAUUUUUUGUCUGUCCGCUUUUAGAUUAUACAUCUUAAUUAUGGGAUCCAUUUUCUCAGAAGAGUAUCGACAGGUUAGAGGUGGUCAAGCGACGGGAAAAACGCUUGGUCCUACACGAAUACCUCUAAAGUUGACAGCCUGCUGGAAGCAGUAGGCUGGUCACUAAUGGAGGAACGACGACAACUAUCCAGGCUCUUCAUUAUGUAAAAGAUAAAAUAUGAGCUGGUCCACUGCUCCAGCAUGAAACAGAAACUCGUUACUCUCCCCCAUAGACAGCGACGAGGCCAUGACAGGCAGUUCUCGUUCAUACCUGCGAGACGCCAGCAUAGGAACUGCUCAUUCCUGCCAAAGACAAUCAGGGAGUGUAACAUGUUUUCAAAAAGGAACUGUUGAGGCGACAACACUUGACACAUUUGUGUCUAUUGCCUAAGACCUUCCAACCCCCAUUGCAUGAUGCCCUCACAAAGUAGCCCUUGCAACCAGCAAAAUAUCCUCAUCAACACCAGGCACAGAAACAUUGGAAAUCCCCUCUUCAUGUAUUUUGGGAGCUAAAAUGAUCAAUCAUAUGAUCGUGAGCCUUUAAGGUAUAGAAGAAGAAAUCACACGCUAAUUUUGUCGUAUUUAAAUCAAUAUUAUCGCCGAAAGGUAAGCUUAAGUGAUGACUGGAUUUAUUGUAGACUUUUUAGUCAUGUUAGACUGUUUUUUUUUGUGCUACGAAGAUGUGAGGGUAUCUUUACCUUGGUAUGAUUUAAUGUCAAGCAUUUCCAUCAGGAACUCAUUUUUGACCACCUUGGUCAGCCCUCUGCAUUGUUUACAUUAACAGUGGUAAAGCUAGUAGUCAGUGAUGUGAAUUGGCUUACCUUUACGCAGCGUUUCUUGGAAGAGUGCCACAGCCACGCCCCAUUCUUGGAGCAGCUUCUCUUUAACGUUCAGUUGUAUUAUUGCCAGAUUAACACUUCCCACCCCACAAGCCCCUCCCAGUAGACUUAUCUCGAUGCCAGAUUGACACUUCACACCCCACAAGCCCCUCACAGUAGACUUAUCUCGAUGCCAGAUUGACACUUCACACCCCACAAGUCCCUCCCAGUAGACUUAUCUCGAUGCCAGAUUGACACUUCACACCCACAAGCCCCUCCCAGUAGACUUAUCUCGAUGCCAGAUCGACACUUCACACCCCACAAGCCCCUCCCAGUAGACUUAUCUCGAUGCCAGAUUGACACUUCACACCCCACAAGCCCCUGCCAGUAGACUUAUCUCGCGUCAACCUGUUUCCCGAUGUUGACGUACCAAAAUAUUGGUUAUGAAAAUCAGAAACCCUAGUAUCGUACCUCUCACAAACAAUGGAAUAGUUGUCACGUCCACCUCCCAAACACAGGAAAAGUAGUCUCGUCCCUCUACAAGACACCAGAAUAGUUGUCACGUCCCUCUCGCAAACACAUGAACAGUAGUCAUGUCCCUCAACCCAACACAGGAACAGUAGUCAUGUCCCGCAACCCAACACAGGAACAGUAGUCAUGUCCCUCAACCCAACACAGGAACAGUAGUCAUGUCCCUCAACCCAACACAGGAACAGUAGUCAUGUCCCUCAACCCAACACAGGAACAGUAGUCAUCUCCCUCAACCCAACACAGGAACAGUAGCCAUCUCCCUCAACCCAACACAGGAACAGUAGUCUCGCCUCUCUCCCAAAAAACAGGAAUAGUGGUCAUGUCCCUCAACCCAAUACAGGAAUAGUAGUCUCGUCUCUCUCUCAAGCACAGGAAUAUUAGUCUCGUCAAUCUGUCGAACCCAGGUACAAUAGCGAAGUCCCACUCCCCAACAAAGGAACAGUACUCUUGUCUCUGUCGCCAACACAGGUACAAUAGUCACUUGCCUCUCCCGAACAAAGGAAAUGCAGUCUAGUCCCUCUCACAAAAAAAGAAACAAUAGUCACGUCCCACUCUCGAACACAGGAACAAUAGUCUCGUCUCUCUUUUAAACACAGGAACAGUAGUCACGUCUGUCUCUCAUACUCAUAAACAAUAGUCACGGCACUCUUUCAAACACAUAAAUGGUAGUCCCGUCUCUCGUCCAAACUCAGCAACAGUAGUCACGUCCCACUCUCGAACACAGGAACAGUAGUCUCGUCCGUAUCUCAUGCACAUGUACAGUAGUCUCGUCUCCUUUGAAAACAAAUGAAAAUUAGUCUCAUUCUUAUCUGAAAAACGGGAACAGUAGUCUCGGCCCUCUCCACAACACAGGAACAGUUAGUUAUCUUGACUCUCUUCCAAACUCAGUAACAUAAGUCACAACCUUCUCCCAAAAACAGGAAGAGUAGUCACGCCCCCCAAUCCCCUACACAGGAACAGUAGUCUCGUUACCCUCCCCAACCCAGGAAGAGUGAUGUCGUCCCUCGUUAGCCCGUCCCAGACACCAACGUAGAAGGCAGUGGAUGAGUUGCCAGAUCUACUAAAGAUCUACUUGCCAUCUUGCUGUGAGUCUAUGAGUGAUGGAAGUUCUGCUUCCACCCAUUAGGGAUUAGGCUUUGCGUCGCUUAAUCCCCUCUCCCAAGAAGUCCUUGUUUGGGACAUUUGGCAUAAUAUGCCGGCUUUUUUAGCUUCGGGUGGUCGAUUCCACUAUACUGGUCCCCAGCGCCAAGUAGAGGUAAAACCCUUUCAGAAACUGUGCCUUCUAGAAACAUCCAUCAUAUUAGUUUCUGUCAUUAAAACACUGCUGUUUAAGCCAGCUAAAGACACCCCCCCACCCCAUUUUAUUUUCUGUAUUAAAACUUUUUAUGAAGACCUAAUAUUUACACCAAAUAUUUAGAAAUACUAUUUCUAGUAUAAGUUAUGCAUACCGUUUAGACAUACAAUUUAUUUCUUCUAAUAAAGACUACGUAUUACAUAGACGUAAUAUUUAGAAACUAUUUAUACAUACUUUUUAGACAUACUAUUUAAGCAAACUAAUUAGACCUACUCCUUAGACAUACUAUUUAGGCCAACAUUUUAGACCAACGAUUUAGACAUACCAUUUAGACCAAGUCUUGACUGUCUUCUUGAAGAAUCCAUUGACACUUGUACUAGACUAACUUAAAGUGAAACAUUUCAAAUGUCAAUGAAUCUCACAUUAUGAGAUAGGAACAAAGGGUAAAGUUAUGACAAGUUGAAAAAAUGACCGAUUCGGAAUAGGAGGUUUAAAAAAAUUAUUAAAACAAUGCAUUUUUUAUUGAUUUAAUUGAGAGGUGAGAUCACAAUUAAUAAGUUUAUUUCCAUUUGAUUGUUGUCUUGUAGAACACGAGCUCAUCAUGUUGACCGGUGCCCCCCAACUCAUGAUGUUUUUGGUGUCAGUGGCCACUCAGAAUUUCAGUGAGCCCAUCGUUUCCUGUGACAAGGGUCCUAAGUUAAAGUGCAUGAGGAUUGUUCCCAAAAUAAGUUUCAAAGUGAUUUGUAAGCCAGGUUUCCUGGUAGCAGUUUAUGAACUCACUGAAUACCUCCAAUUAGAGGGCAAGGUCACCUUAAUCAUGUGUCUUUAUGCUGGCAAAAGCGAGGACUGUAGAAUGAGAGGUACGUAAUUUACUCAUUCAAUGAGCGGUAAUUUAUUUAAUCAUUGAAUGAUCGUUAAGUUAUUUAAUCACUUAACCAAUUUAGUCAAUGAAUGAGUGGUGAAUCAUUUAAUUAUUCAAUGAGUGGUAAGUCAUUUCAUCAUUGAAUCAGCGAACAGCCAUUUAAUCAUUUAAUCAGCGGUAAGCAAUUUAAUCAUUGCAUCAGCAUUAAGUCAUGUAAUCAUGAAACAGCGGUAAGUCAUUGAGUCUUUCAAAGAAAGGUAAAUCAUUAGACAAACAGUCAUUCAUUUAAUCAGUGGAAAGUCAUUUAAUAAUUGAAUCAGAGGUAGUAAUUUAAUCAUUUGGCUAAGACAUGACUGGCAUGAAGAUCCUAAUGGAAUAAUAAUUGGCUAAGACAUAAUUGACAUGAUAAUCUUAAUGGAAUUAAACUGUUUAAGUCAUGAUUGUCAUUUUGAUUUGAAGGGAAUAACAGUUGUCUAAGACAUGACUGACUUGAUGGUAUUCAUUGACUAACCACUGGCUAAUACAUAACUGAUUAAUAAGACUGAUCAAUAGAACACUAUAAGUUAAGCUUUAAUAAUAAUUAUACAUUAUACACAAUUAAACGUUUCGGCAUAUGCCUUCAUCAGUACAAACAAACAAAACACAUUUAAAUAAGUAUAAAUUAAAUUUACAUAAUAUCAAUAGACAUAUCAUACCUAAAACAGAAAAAAAAUAUAGGAGAGGGCGCUAAAACCAGACAAAAACAAAGUAAAGAGAAGUAGAAAGGAAGUGAUUUUAACAUAAUUGGAAAAACCAAACAGGAAAAAGACAUGGCAGCUAAGUAAAAUUGUGGAUUUGGUUCAUUCCAUAUGGAGACUACGUACCAAAUCUAGUUAUUAAUUUGUUCUCCAUAUAGAUUCUAUCUUUAGUGUUACUAGAAUAGAGUAUAACAGUAGCUGCAAUGAUUGAGAUACCAUCAUGGUUAGGGCUAUUGAAAUGUUUGGAGACCAGACAGAGAGCGUGUUUAUUUAUGUUGUAGAGAUGCUCUCUGAAACGGUCCACAAGGCGACGACCUGUCUGUCCUAUGUAUAGUUUACCGCACUUUUUGCAAAUGAUGGUGUAAAUCACGUUGCGACUUGUGCAGGUAAAGCCAUCUUUUAUUCUGAAUACUUGCAGAGGGAAAGGGAUCUUAUCAGUUUCGAUCACGUAGGGACAUGAGUUACAACGGCUACGGUUGCAACUUUUUGUGCCUUUAUGUGCUUUAAUAGCAGGGAGGUGGCUUCUAACUAGCAUGUCCCUAAGGCUCUUGUCCCGCCGGAAAGCGAAAAGAGGAGGUUUUCUAAAAAUCUCAUUUGUGAUAGGGUCUGCCAUAAGAAUUGAGCGGUUUUUAAGAACCAGAGAGUGAGCUUUUAGGUUGUGGGGAUGAAAAGUUAAGAUAAAUUUGGACCCAUCGCUAGUGUCAGAAUGAGUAGCUUUAAAAGAAGCCUGUCUAGUCAAACCUUUAACUCGAGUGACAGCUGCUUUUAAAAUUUUUUUGGGAUAUAACUACUACUAAGAUAUUAGUAUAUAACUACCACUAGUAAGACAUGAGUAUUUAACCACCACUAGUAAGACAUGAGUAUAUAACCACCACUAGUAAGACAUGAGUAUAUAACCACCACUAGUAAGACAUGAGUACAUAACCACCACUUCUAACACAUGAAUGCAGAGCUCCGACUUCAAAGCAUGUGUACUAAUAACUACGAUUUUUUUUUUUUUGCUGGAAUCCGUCCGUCACAAUGUGACAAUGGGGUGGGCUUCGGAGGACGAAGUCCACAUGGCCUGGGAUUAUUCUUCAAGGAUUAUAAGCUGGUUCCCAACAGCAGAUCUCCCCACGCCACUGGAUAACCCAAGGGAGCAUCAUCAGUGACGUCGCAGGAGUUAUCGGAAUGUUUCAUUGCAUCAAAGUUAUCCGCCUUUCGGGACUCCAUCUCCGGGUUUGAUUUCAGAGUUUCCUUCUCUUAGAUGAGUUGCCAUCCAAGGUUAACGAGUUCAUAUCUGACUGGACCACCAACUUGAGAUUUGCCCAGUUUAGACCACUCGGUCCCCCAACACCCAGUUACCACUAUUACAGUAAAACUAUUAAGAUAUGAGAAAUAGGUCCCAAGAUUAGAAUAAGACUAGUACGACAUGGAUGCAUUCCUCCCACAAUUUCUUCUUCUUCCAUACAUUAAGGGCCCACGAUCAAUUAAUUGAUCAUUUUGGCUUAUAUGCUUUCUUCUAUAACAAAUUAGAAACAUAUGCAGAAAUAGACAAACUGUAAUAAAAUGAUAUUUAGCCGUUUCUUAUUGUAAUAUUUUCCUCCCAUGCCUUAAUAAGGCUGCAUCUGAAUGAAGUAAACAUUUCCUUAUUUAAACUUAUUCAUUCCUGAGAAAACAUAAACGACUGUUUCAAUGAUAACCUUUACAUUUAUGGACCCAACCUUUUCAAUGAUAACCUUUACAUUUAUGGACCCAACCUUUUCAAUGAUAACCUUUACAUUUAUGGACCCAACCUUUUCAAUGAUAACCUUUACAUUUAUGGACCCAACCUUUUCAAUGAUAACCUUUACACUUAUGGACCCAACCUUUUCAAUGAUAACCUUUACAUUUAUGGACCCAACCGUUUCAAUGAUAACCUUUACAUUUAUGGACCCAACCUUUUCAAUGAUAACCUUUACAUUUAUGGACCCAACCGUUUCAAUGAUAACCUUUACAUCUAUGGACCCAACCUUUUCAAUGAUAACCUUUACAUUUAUGGACCCAACCUUUUCAAUGAUAACCUUUACAUUUAUGGACCCAACCUUUUCAAUGAUAACCUUUACAUUUAUGGACCCAACCGUUUCAAUGAUAACCUUUACAUUUAUGGACCCAACCUUUAACUAAGAAAUACAAUGAACAUUUGGAUUUAGUGUAGCUCCCAGAAUUUUGUUUCCAAGCAUUGUUAGCCCUGCUUUUUUCACAGGUCCCUUGAACACUUUUAACCAGUCCUUCGACUUCAGGUGUCAUGCAGGCGCAGUCUGGACCGGUAUAACAUACGACUACGACCCUAAAGCAGAAGACGGCAUAUUCCAUGCCCAGUGCUGUAAGUUUAGAAGCAGGAAGGUGGCCAACUGUGAGCGGUGGGGAGAGAGAACUUAUAUGGCACAGUACAUGCGUGCGUCGUCAGUGGGUUACAAAGGUUUUUUCCCAUUUCCAGCGAUCAGCGGUUUCACUUCGAGAUUCUACGUAAGAGAGUACGCCGAUCGUAAUUUUCUAACACGUCAAUUCACCAUUGACAUGUGCAUAUUAAAAUAAUGAUUUUUACAAAAUCCGAUAUUUGAGCCUGAAAAUUUUGUUUUUGAUUACUAAAUCGAACAAAAGCUUUGCAAAUGAAGAAUUUAUUCAAUGUAAUCGAAGGAAAUACAAAUAAAGGACUGCACUAC